AUGGAGUUGUUUGAGGGAGGAGUGGGGUGGAGGUUGGUGUUGGGGGGGUGUUUGUGGUGGGGGGGGAGAUUUGGUAAGAAGGAGGUUAGUGCGCCACCUCUAAAGUACCCCUAUGAGGAUGCGCGGCGUCAGACCGUCUGUGAGAAUCCUAAUCGCCCCCGCAACCCCAGACAAAUGAUCCCAAACACCAACUACCACAGCCAGUAA